AGUACCAUGAUAAAACAAACAGAGAAAGCCAUGGAAACAAUUGUAAGAACAGAUACACAUUCUAUCACAAGCACAGAGAACAACCUGCAAAGUACUAGAAACCAGCUUAUGGCGGAGUCAACAACAAGUCUAAACGAGUCAAAAGUACAGGAAAACGAAUUUGAAAAACAGAGAAAAGAAGAAAAUUUAUCAGAUUUAAGUGUUGAAGUAGGUUUGCCAGUCGGAGUUUGCAUGGCUUUGAUAUUUGGAAUUAUACUAAGCAUUUACCUUGCAAGAAGAUAUAAAUGCCUGAAGAGAAAGACUGAUUGCAAUCAAAACAACAGCAGAGAAGCACAACAUCCGAGAAGUAGUAAAUAUUCUUUUGGAACAGCUCAUGCUCAUUUCAACGCUUCAUAUGAAGCAAGUGAAGAAAUAGCAAUUAAGAAAAUAAGCAAUGACGACAAGAAAAAUGUGUCAGAGAAUUCGAACAGAAACAAACAACAUCAUUCAGACUCAAACUCUGAAUAUGCUGUUGUUCAUAAAACCAUAGGUGGAAAAACAUUUAACUCAGACAAAAAUAAGCAAAAUUUGUACUGUUAUAGCUAUGGAUAUAAAGAUAAUUGUGCAAGUUCAAACGAAGUUCAGACGGCUGAAUACAGUUUUGCAAAGGAAACGUGUACAGAUGAGGUUUACGAUGUAGAACGAUGCCACACAGAGUCUGACGAUUACGAUGUCACGGGGAAUAUUCUAAGCUGUACUUCCAACAUAUCUAGCAAUAUCUAUAACCAGUUACAAAGCAAUGAAUAUGAUUCAACAGCCAGUGUAAGCGGAAAUGACUGUAACCAUAUGUAUGACAUUACACAAAAUCAAAGAACAGAAUCUGUCUAUGAUUCUACUAAUGAAGUACAUAAUUCAACGCAGUGUGAUAACGUAUAUAAUCAGUUAUCUCAGGCGACCGCAACAAGUAAUCAAAAUAAUUAGUUCAAGUGAAGAACAGGCUUAAAGGUCCAUUACUAAGGGAAAGUGAGUUGGCAAUUUUUUUCAUAGCCAGUGCAUAGACUUCUGCAAGACACUAAAUAAUGAAGAUUGGCAGGUCAAAAUUUAAAGAAGGUCUUUGGAACUCAAAGAAAUGUAUGUGUAUUAUGUUGAAAUUUCAAUGAAUCGACAGAAUGACCCCCCAGGUCUUUUUAACUUUCUUCAUACUUCAUAGAAAAAUAAUUGUACAUAUACUGCGAUUUAUUUCGAAUUUCUACAUACCAACUUUCAUUUUCCAAUAAAAUGAAAUAGUUUCUGUGCUUUUUAAAAGAAAUUAAAAUGUUCAAUUUCCUUAGUAUUGGACCUUUAACUAAAUGAUCACAAUUGCGCAAAGUUAAGUGCAAAUACACUGUGAUUUGACAGCAGUUUCUUGUCUCAACAAAAUAAUACUAACGAGGGGAAACAUACUGAUUGCAUUUUUGCAUCAAUAACAUUCUAUUGUCACAUUAGGCUAGAUCGUAAUUAUGUCUUGUUAUCUAAUGGCAGUGUUCUUCCAUUUCUAGGUUAUAAUUCUUUCAUAUUCGUGUAAAUAAAUACUGUUGACGAAAUGAGUUAUAAUAAUUAGUCUUUAUAAAGCAUAUUGUAUAACAACGGUUGAACUGACUAUGGAACGUAAAGACAAAAUAAGUCUUACUUACCUUUUGUUAUAAACGUGUUUAAAGAUAAGGACGGAUAGCGUAUAGAACAUGAACAAUAAAAAGUAAUUGCUUUUAGAAAUACAGUAGGUUUCUUGUCAUAAUAAAAAAAGAAACAAUGUGCGAAAAUGAGCAUAUAAACGUUUUAAAUAAAAUAUAUAUGAUUGUGAAAAAAUAAAGCUGUAUUUUAAAUGUAUUUCAUCGAUUUUUUUCUUUAU